AUGAUAGUAACCGCGAACGCUUCCCAGAUCUGCAGAAAAAUGUCACUCGCCAACCCAUCAGAACAAAGCACGAACAAGCUAGAUUAUCCAGCCAAUAUGCGCAAAUCCUCGAACUCCCUUCUGUCCGUAACUCUAUCAUCAAACAGCCCGAUAGAUUCUACAUUACCUGGCUGGAACCCCUUAUCCACAGAAUACAACAGCAGCUCGUAUAUCCCCCAUGGUCUCCGGAGACACGGUGGCAGAUUUUGGGCCAGCUGUGAGAAGGCGCCGGAAAGAAAUAUCGUCACGCCGCCGCCAGGUAAACGAGCGGAUUUUCCAGCUGCAACUAUUAAACCAUCUACACUUGUAGCAGAGCGCGAGCCUGUACAAGUUUUGCUCUCGAUAAGAGGCGACGUUGGGAACUAUGUUCAAGGAGUUCGUAGCCAGCCUUCGCCCCAGGGAAUCGGCCUUCCACCCGUCAUUGACGGCUCGGUAUCCGUCGCUGGCGGAGAUAGCAUCAAAAAGGGUUGGAGCGUCGAUUUCUAUGGCUCGUCUGAUAUUCGAGUAAGAUACGGUCAUGGAGUAGGAUGGAAGGAUCAAGAGGACGAGUUCAUGACAGAAGGUUGGCCGCGGAAGUAUGUAUGCUGCGUUUGUUCCUUGAAAUGGAAAGCCACGCCCAUACCCGGAACUCUGUUCCUCGAGCAGGACAGGAAAGCCCUGCAAAUACCCGUUCCGCUGGAUACCCAAAAGGAUCCGGGGUUCACUCGACCGCAAGCGUCUGAGUUAUACUACUAUCUUGCUCAUAAAACCACUCCAGCCGACUUUUGCAUUCGCGGCUUAUGCCAGACUUGCAUCCCGGCUUCCUCACUUCCAUCAUCUCACUGCUGCCCACCCUCAGAGACAGACAAAUCUCGACCAAAGGGAAUAUACCGGUGCAUCAUGGACAACUGUCGGUUUCUGACAGACAAACGACGGGACCUGAAGACCCAUCUGACCUCUUCGAGCAUCCAGAGUCACAGGACUUUCCUAGACCACCUGUAUGAUCAGAUUAUACGUAGAGAGACUCUCAGUGCAGCAGAAAGAGAAAUAUCCUAUCGAUUGAUGGUCUUGUUUAACGACCUGGACGCUCGUAUGCAAAGGUCAAUCAGCGAGCCUGCCAGCACGGUUCUACUCCCGGAUCACAUCAGUAGCCCCGCGGUUCCGCGAGAGCAUAUUGGAUGGAUAUCGUACCUAGGUCUACGUGCCUCUGAGACAUACCGCGCCUACUUCUUUGAUGAUAUUUCAGGCCAACACUACUUCCGAGAGUACGAUAUGAGCGACGACGGUGCAAUUGCGAGGCCGCGGAUCGUUUCGCACAAUACAGGCCGGCCUGUGAAGACCUCUAGGUUUCUUCUACCCUGA